CUCGCAAGCGCAGCCCUGCCCAGCCCGCCAGCCGCGCGUCCGGGUGCCCGCGCCACACGGCCACAGCCUUGCUGCGCUUUAGCUCACAGAGCAUGUGCAGACCUGCUGACGCUAAGGUGCUAUCUGUCCGGGGGACUUCUAACCAGCGGUGACUGUCACGCCUAGAGAGACCUUUCGGGGGCUGUCGCCGCGCCUCUGCGUCGCGGGUGGCACUGCGGUGCUCGAGAUCGGGGCAGCAGCUGCCUUUUGGUGGAGGCAUUUUGGGCUCCGUGCGUCCUCCCUCUCCUUCCUCCUCGGCUCGCUCCUUGCCUCCCACCGCUACUCGCUCCUACCCUCGGCCGCUCCUCUUCCAAAGGGGCCUCCUCACUUCGGAGAUGCAGUGACAAGUUAAUAUGGGCGUCCAAGCCUCGGCUUCCCAGGAGGAGAAUCGCAAGAGGGAACAGCCCCUGAACGCCCAGAUCCCUUGAACAGGACGCCCAGGAGGGGCGUGAAACCCGGCUGCAGCAUCCGUCCAGGUGGGACCUGCUGAGCGCCGCAACCAGUCCUCUGCUCCAUCCCGCAGGCGCGCUUGCGGGUUUGCUGCUAGCUCCCCGACCCGGGGAUUUUUUUUUUCCCCCUCCGCUGGUGGUGGGCGCCUCGUGGGCCGAGGCCCGGCGCCUGCUCUGCUACCCGCGCUGCCUUUAGCGGUUGCCUCCGCCGCCGCUGCCAGGGACGUGCUGGGAAAGCCGAAGCCCCGGGAGAAGAUGCCGGCCAUCCUGGUCGCCUCCAAAAUGAAGUCGGGACUGCCCAAACCCGUGCACAGCGCCGCGCCCAUCCUGCACGUGCCCCCAGCCCGGACCGGCCCCCAGCCUUGCUACCUCAAGUUGGGAAGCAAGGUGGAGGUGAGCAAGACUGCCUACCCCAGCCAGAUCCCCCUGAAAUCCCAGGGGCUGCAGGAGUCGGCGGGGGAGGGGCUCCCGCUGCGGAAGAGCGGCUCGGUGGAAAACGGGUUCGAUACCCAGAUCUAUACGGACUGGGCCAAUCACUACUUAGCCAAAUCAGGCCACAAACGUCUCAUCAAGGACCUCCAGCAAGAUGUGACGGACGGCGUCCUCCUGGCUCAGAUCAUCCAGGUUGUGGCAAAUGAGAAGAUUGAAGACAUCAAUGGCUGUCCGAAGAACAGAUCGCAAAUGAUUGAAAACAUAGAUGCCUGCUUGAAUUUCCUGGCAGCGAAGGGAAUAAACAUCCAGGGGCUGUCUGCAGAAGAAAUCAGGAAUGGCAACCUCAAGGCUAUCCUAGGCCUCUUCUUCAGCCUCUCCCGCUACAAGCAGCAGCAGCAGCAGCCCCAGAAGCAGCAUCUCUCUGCGCCGCCACCGCCCGCCGUGGCCCAGGCGGCCGGGGCCCCCUCCCACUGCCAGGCUGGCAGCCCUCAGCUACAGGGGCCGGCCACCCCCCAAGCCCCGGGCCAGCCUCUCCAGCCGGCGACACAUCAGCAGUCAAAAGCGCAAGCCGAGAUGCAGUCCAGUGCGUCAUCCAAGGACUCAUCUCAAAGCAAAAUCAUCCGCUUCACUCUGGGUCAGAAAAAGAUUUCUAGACUUCCAGGUCCCACUGCAAGGGUAUCCGCUGCAGGCAGCGAAGCCAAAACACGUGGAGGGUCAGCCACUGCUAACAACCGACGCAGCCAGAGCUUUAACAACUAUGACAAGUCCAAACCUGUCACCUCCCCGCUUCCACCACCACCACCAAACAGCCAUGAGAAAGAGCCAUUGGCGAGCCCUGCCUCCGCCCACCCCGGAAUGAGCGAAAAUGCACCUGCUUCUCUGGAGAGCGGCAGCAGUCCCAGCCCUGCUAACAGCAGCGCGUCCUCCGCCAUCCCACAGCCCGGCGCCGCCUCCAAGCCCUGGCGCAGUAAGUCGGUCAGCGUGAAGCACAGCGUCACGGCGUCCGUGCUCUCGGUCAAGCAGCCCGUGCCCGAGGCCCCCAGGCCCGCCCCCGAAGCCAUGAAGCCGGCCCCCAACAAUCAGAAGUCCAUGCUGGAAAAACUCAAGCUUUUCAACAGCAAAGGGGCUUCCAAAGCAGGCGAGGGCCCGGGGUCGCGGGACACGAGCUGCGAGCGGCUGGAGAUUCUGCCCAGCUUUGAGGAGAGCGAAGAGAUGGAGGUCACCACGCGCUCGCUGUCCACGGCGGGUCCCGCUUCCAACAGCCCCAAGAUUGCGCUCAAGGGCAUCGCCCAGAGGACUUUCAGCCGGGCGCUGACCAACAAGAAGAGCUCCCCGAAAGGCAACGAGAAAGAGAAGGAGAAACAGCAGCGGGAGAAGGAGAAGGAGAAAAGCAAGGACCUCGCCAAGAGAGCCUCUGUGACAGAAAGGCAGGACCUCAAAGAGGGGCCGAAAGAAGACCCCAGUGGGACAGUGGUGACUGAGAUGCCAAAAAAGUCCUCCAAGAUUGCCAGCUUCAUCCCCAAAGGGGGAAAGCUCAACAGUGCCAAGAAGGAGGCUCCGGCCCCUUCCCACAGUGGAAUACCAAAACCAGGGAUGAAGAGCAUGCCCGGGAAAUCCCCAAGUGCCCCUGCCCCUUCCAAGGAGGUGGAGCGGAGCCGGGGUGGGAAGCCGAGCUCGGGGCUCCCCCAGCAGAAGCCCCAGCUAGACGGCAGACACUCCAGUUCCUCCUCCAGCCUGGCAUCCUCAGAAGGCAAAGGCCCUGGAGGGACCACCCUGAACCACAGCAUCAGCAGCCAGACUGUCAGCGGGUCCGUCGGGACCACCCAGACCACGGGAAGCAAUACCGUCAGUGUCCAGCUACCUCAGCCCCAGCAGCAAUACAGCCACCCCAACACCGCCACCGUCGCGCCUUUCCUGUAUAGGUCCCAGACAGACACCGAAGGGAAUGUUACUGCUGAAUCCAGCUCCGCAGGUGUGAGCAUGGAGCCCAGCCACUACACCAAGAGUGGACAGCCUGCUCUGCAAGAACUCACUGGGGAAGACCCCGAGGCCCGGCGACUGCGGACCGUGAAGAACAUCGCCGACCUGCGGCAGAAUUUGGAGGAGACCAUGUCUAGUUUACGGGGGACUCAGGUCACACACAGCACAUUGGAGACCACAUUUGACACCAACGUCACCACAGAGAUAAGCGGGCGCAGUAUCCUCAGCUUGACCAGCAGACCCACUCCCCUGUCCUGGAGACUUGGCCAGGCCAGCCCUCGGCUCCAAGCAGGAGACGCCCCCUCUAUGGGCAACGGGUACCCACCUCGAGCCAAUGCCAGCCGCUUCAUCAACACCGAGUCAGGCCGCUACGUGUACUCUGCCCCCCUGAGGAGGCAGCUGGCCUCCAGGGGAAGCAGCGUGUGCCACGUGGAAGUCUCAGACAAGGCAGGAGACGAGAUGGACCUGGAAGGCAUCAGCAUGGAUGCCCCCGGCUACAUGAGUGAUGGCGAUGUUCUGAGCAAGAACAUCCGGACGGAUGACAUCACGAGCGGGUACAUGACUGAUGGCGGACUUGGCCUCUACACGCGUCGCCUGAAUCGGCUGCCGGAUGGCAUGGCAGUGGUGCGGGAGACCCUGCAAAGAAAUACCUCCCUGGGCCUCGGCGAUGCUGACAGCUGGGAUGACAGCAGCUCCGUCAGCAGUGGGAUCAGUGACACGAUAGACAACCUCAGCACCGAUGACAUCAACACCAGCUCCUCCAUCAGUUCCUACGCCAACACACCUGCCUCCUCUCGAAAAAACCUGGAUGUGCAGACCGACGCUGAGAAGCAUUCCCAGGUGGAGAGGGGGUCCCUGUGGUCGGGCGAUGACGUCAAGAAGUCCGACGGAGGCUCCGACAGCGGCAUAAAGAUGGAGCCCGGGUCCAAGUGGAGGCGGAAUCCCUCGGACGUGUCUGACGAGUCUGACAAAAGCACUUCGGGCAAGAAGAGUUCGGUCAUCUCGCAGACGGGCUCGUGGCGCCGAGGCAUGACCGCGCAGGUGGGCGUCACCAUGCCGAGGACGAAGGCAGCUGCCCCAGCGGGCGCGCUCAAGACCCCCGGAACCGGAAAAACAGAUGAUGCAAAGGUGUCUGAGAAAGGAAGACUGUCUCCCAAAGCGUCCCAGGUGAAGCGGUCCCCGUCAGACGCAGGCCGCAGCAGUGGUGACGAGUCCAAAAAGCCCCUCUCCAGCAGUUCCAGGACCCCCACUGCCAAUGCCAACAGUUUUGGGUUCAAGAAGCAGAGCGGCUCAGCUGCUGGGCUGGCCAUGAUCACAGCCAGCGGGGCUACGGUCACCAGCAGGUCAGCCACACUGGGCAAGAUCCCCAAGUCGUCUGCACUGGUCAGCCGGUCCACCGGCCGGAAGACGAGCAUGGAUGGGCCUCAGAACCAGGACGAUGGGUAUCUCGCUCUCAGCUCCCGGACCAACUUGCAAUACCGGAGUUUGCCAAGGCCCAGUAAGUCCACCAGCCGCAAUGGGGCUGGGAACAGGUCUAGCACCAGCAGCAUCGAUUCCAACAUCAGCAGUAAGUCUGCGGGCCUGCCAGUGCCCAAGCUGAGGGAGCCUUCCAAAACGGCCCUGGGCAGCUCUCUGCCUGGCCUGGUCAACCAGACCGAUAAGGAGAAAGGCAUCUCCUCCGACAACGAGAGCGUGGCUUCCUGUAACUCAGUGAAAGUGAACCCAGCCGCCCAGCCUGUGUCCAGUGCGGCGCAGGCGACUCUCCAGCCAGGAGCCAAGUACCCCGACGUGGCCUCUCCCACGCUCCGCAGACUCUUUGGUGGGAAGCCUACCAAGCAAGUGCCCAUUGCCACAGCAGACACCAUGAAAAACUCAGUGGUGAUCUCCAAUCCUCAUGCCACCUCGGCCCAGCAAGGUAACUUAGAGUCCCCCUCGGGCAGUGGCGUGCUGAGCAGCGGAAGCAGCAGUCCUCUCUACAGCAAAAAUCUGGAUAUCAACCAGUCUCCUCUAGCCUCCAGCCCCAGCUCAGCCCACUCGGGCCCUUCCAACAGCCUCACCUGGGGCACCAAUGCCAGCAGCUCGUCCGCGCUCAGCAAGGACGGCCUGGGCUUCCAGUCGGUCAGCAGCCUCCAUACCAGCUGCGAGUCCAUUGACAUCUCCCUCAGCAGCGGAGGGGGGCUGAGUCACAAUUCCUCCACGGGCCUCAUCACCUCCUCUAAGGACGACUCCCUGACUCCCUUCGUCAGAACCAACAGCGUGAAGACCACGCUGUCGGAGAGCCCUCUCUCUUCCCCUGCUGCUAGCCCUAAGUUCUGCAGAAGUACUCUGCCCAGGAAACAGGACAGUGACCCGCACCUUGAUAGGAACACUUUGCCUAAAAAAGGACUCAGGUACACUCCCACCUCCCAGCUUCGCACCCAAGAAGACGCAAAAGAAUGGUUACGGUCCCACUCGGCAGGAGGCCUGCAGGACCCCGCUGCCAAUUCCCCUUUCUCCUCUGGCUCCAGCGUCACGUCUCCCUCGGGAACGAGAUUCAACUUCUCCCAGCUUGCGAGUCCCACCACCGUUACCCAGAUGAGCUUGUCCAACCCAACCAUGCUGAGGACCCACAGCCUCUCCAAUGCCGACGGGCAGUAUGACCCGUACACUGAUAGCCGAUUCCGGAAUAGCUCCGUGUCCCUGGACGAGAAGAGCAGAACCAUGAGCCGCUCGGGCUCCUUCCGGGAUGGAUUUGAAGAAGUUCACGGAUCCUCACUGUCCUUGGUUUCCAGCACAUCAUCAAUUUAUUCUACACCCGAAGAAAAGUGCCAGUCGGAGAUUCGCAAACUGCGGCGGGAGCUGGAUGCCUCGCAGGAGAAGGUUUCAGCUUUGACCACGCAGCUGACCGCAAAUGCCCAUCUGGUGGCAGCCUUUGAACAGAGUCUUGGGAACAUGACCAUCAGGCUCCAGAGUCUGACCAUGACGGCUGAGCAAAAGGACUCAGAACUGAAUGAGUUAAGGAAAACCAUUGAGCUGCUCAAGAAACAGAACGCAGCUGCCCAGGCUGCCAUUAAUGGGGUCAUUAACACGCCAGAGCUCAACUGCAAAGGAAACGGCACCUCGCAGUCGGCAGACCUCCGUAUCCGCAGACAACACUCCUCGGACAGCGUGUCCAGCAUCAACAGUGCUACCAGCCACUCCAGUGUGGGCAGCAACGUAGAGAGUGAUUCCAAGAAAAAGAAGAGAAAGAAUUGGGUCAAUGAGUUACGCAGCUCCUUCAAGCAAGCUUUUGGGAAGAAGAAGUCCCCCAAGUCUGCAUCCUCUCAUUCUGACAUCGAGGAGAUGACCGAUUCCUCAUUGCCUUCCUCACCCAAGUUACCGCACAACGGGUCCACGGGUUCCACGCCACUGCUGAGGGGCUCCCACUCCAACUCCCUCAUUUCAGAGUGCAUCGAUAGUGAAGCCGAGACGGUCAUGCAGCUCCGAAAUGAGCUGAGAGACAAGGAGAUGAAGCUGACGGACAUCCGCCUAGAAGCCCUCAGCUCUGCACACCAGCUCGACCAGCUCCGGGAGGCCAUGAACAGGAUGCAGAGUGAAAUAGAGAAGCUGAAAGCUGAGAACGACCGCCUGAAGUCCGAGUCUCAAGGCAGUGGCUGCAGCCGGGCACCCUCCCAGGUGUCCCUCUCGGCCUCCCCUAGGCAGUCCAUGGGCCUCUCCCAGCACAGCUUGAACCUCACGGAGUCAACCAGCCUGGACAUGUUGCUGGAUGACACUGGUGAAUGCUCGGCUCGGAAGGAAGGAGGCAGGCAUGUUAAGAUAGUUGUCAGCUUUCAGGAGGAAAUGAAGUGGAAGGAGGAUUCCAGACCACACCUCUUUCUUAUUGGCUGCAUUGGAGUUAGUGGCAAGACGAAGUGGGAUGUGCUCGAUGGGGUGGUUAGAAGACUGUUCAAAGAAUACAUCAUCCACGUCGACCCCGUGAGUCAGCUGGGGCUGAAUUCAGACAGUGUUCUGGGCUACAGCAUUGGGGAAAUCAAGCGCAGCAACACCUCGGAGACCCCCGAGCUGCUUCCCUGUGGCUAUCUGGUCGGCGAGAACACGACCAUCUCUGUGACCGUCAAAGGGCUCGCAGAGAACAGCCUGGACGCACUGGUGUUUGAGUCCCUGAUCCCCAAGCCCAUCCUGCAGCGCUACGUGUCCCUGCUGCUGGAGCACCGGCGCAUCAUCCUCUCCGGCCCCAGCGGCACCGGGAAGACCUACCUGGCCAACCGGCUGUCUGAGUACCUCGUGCUGCGGGAGGGCCGGGAGCUGACGGACGGCGUCAUCGCCACCUUCAAUGUGGACCACAAGUCCAGCAAGGAAUUGCGCCAGUACCUGUCCAACCUUGCCGACCAGUGCGGCAGUGAGAACAGCGCUGGGGACAUGCCCCUCGUCAUCAUCCUGGACAACCUGCACCACGUCAGCUCCCUGGGCGAGAUCUUCAACGGGCUGCUCAACUGCAAGGACCAGAAAUGCCCUUACAUAAUCGGCACCAUGAACCAGGCUACCUCUUCUACUCCCAAUCUGCAGCUUCAUCACAACUUCAGGUGGGUGCUUUGUGCCAACCACACGGAGCCGGUGAAGGGCUUCCUAGGCCGGUUCCUGAGGCGGAAGCUCAUGGAAACAGAGAUCAGUGGGCGAGUGCGGAAUGUGGAGCUGGUAAAAAUCAUUGACUGGAUUCCCAAGGUCUGGCAUCACCUCAACCGCUUCCUGGAGGCUCACAGCUCCUCAGACGUCACCAUAGGCCCGCGGCUCUUCCUAUCAUGCCCCAUCGACGUGGAUGGCUCCAGGGUGUGGUUCACCGACUUGUGGAACUACUCGAUUAUCCCCUAUCUCCUGGAAGCCGUCCGAGAAGGACUCCAGCUCUAUGGAAGGCGGGCCCCUUGGGAGGACCCCGCCAAGUGGGUGAUGGACACCUACCCCUGGGCAGCCAGCCCACAGCAGCACGAGUGGCCUCCCCUGCUGCAGCUCCGGCCUGAGGAUGUCGGCUUCGACGGCUACUCCAUGCCUCGGGAAGGGUCUGCGAGCAAGCAGUUGCCUCCCAGCGACGCCGAAGGAGACCCACUGAUGAACAUGCUGAUGAGGCUGCAGGAGGCGGCCAACUACUCCAGCCCCCAGAGCUACGACAGCGACUCUAACAGCAACAGCCAUCAGGAUGACAUCCUGGACUCAUCCCUAGAGUCUACUCUGUGACAGGGGCCAGCCAUGGAGCCUGCCUGCCUCUCCCCUCCGUGCCCCGCUCCAUGCGCGUCCCCUGCACCCCCUGAAGAUGCCCUCCUGAGCCAGCCCCCCGGCCGCAGCGUGAGAGCCGCAGGGAUACCCAGACCCCUCGUCCUCCAGCCUCGACUUGGGUGCGGGCCUCCCGGGCCAGCCGCCUCGGCACCGCUGCCUUCCACAGUGAGACCUGCACUAUCUCAUCGUUUAUUUUCAUUAUCGUUUGCCUUGUUGCCGUGACCUCCCUAAGACACUGAAGUUACUUCUCGGGAAAGGAUCAUCACCGUUGAAAUGGAAGGUUUAUAAAGAAAACACACACACACAAACCAAGAACCCACUUGGAAGCUCUGAAACCCAACAGCAUCCUGCUGCGAGCUGCCCAGAGCAGAGAGACUGGAACCAAGCUGGAAAUGCGGGCAACACAGCUGCCCCUCCACACCGACCCCCUGGCUCUUGCCGUGAGCGCCAGCCUCUGCCUCCCCGCCUUCCCCGCGGCCGGCCACAGAGAGAGCUGGUGCUAAGAGCGCGUGUGCGGCCGGGUCCUGCUCAGCAGAGCGCAGAGCACGGCGCGGGGACACCUUAGGCAAACGCGAAGCGCAACGCGCAACCCCCGCUCGCUGUUUUGUUUGGCUUUUUAAAUGGUGCUCUCCUUCCCCGAGGGGUAUUUUUGCCUGUUCCCGUUCAGCCACACCUCCCAGACCCGGCAGCCUCCGGUCGGUCCCGAGCGUGAGUGGAGCGUGCACGAGCGGAUGGGACCACGGCGCGGACAGCCCGUGUCUGUGCCCUCCUCCUCCUGUCUCCGUGAAUCAGGUUUUUCUUUCUGCAAACACUGUGGCCGGUGAGAAUGGGUCUGUUUUGAACUGGUUACCCCCUUGCAAAUGAGGUUUGAGUUUCCCCGCCCUCUUCUGACUCUUUGAUUUUGAAGAUUUUCCUCCCUCUCCCCCCUUCCCCCAACCUUUGGUCAGAAUCAGUCCUUUGGUGAAAGAAAGAAGCAGGAGUUGAGUUUCGGUUUGGUCCUGCUGAGUUCUGGUUGUUUGGUUGUCCAUCCUCACGGUUUUACACCUCGCCGGGCCCUGCUGGGGCCGGGGGUGGGCGUGUCCUUUCUAGGAGGACCAGGACCCCAUCCUCCACGCGCGGGUGAGCCGGGACCUUGCCUUUUCUUCUUGUCCUCGAGGCUUCAGAACGCACAUCGACACCUCAGGCGUGCCAGCCCCAACCUCAGGUGGGGUGCUGAGGUCACCUCGCACAAGACUUGCACUUUCCUCAGAACCAACAUGACGCAACUCCACAAGGGGCCGGCGGCCGCUCCCUUCCAGAAGCCCCCGCCUCCGUCCAGACGAGUCUUGCCUGACCUCUUCGGUGCUGACCUUCCCAAAGCGAUGCCUUACUGGUUUUGUACUAACCGUGUUCAUUUACGAGUGUUGUGCCUGCCUGGGGUCCAUUAUUCUUUUUCUUGUUUUCCCCAUCAGAGCAAACAGGGCUAAAAAGUCAUCCACUUGUUAGGAGGACUCAAGUUGCUGUGACUUUUCUCAUCCAAAAGACUCAUCUGUGUGGAUGCGUGACCAUGGGUAAAAGAAAAAAAGGAGAAAAAAAAAAAAAAGAUGCUUUUUUUUUUUUUAAAGAUUCUUAUCAGUCUCCAACUAACACUCUGCCUGGACAGUGAUCUGUCUGAUGCAGGAAAAGGCAAAAGUUCCAAGUCCACAUGACAUUGCUGAUACACACCCUACUAGGAUGUGUCUUCAACAUACUGGUAUUUCCUUUACAGAGAGUGGUAUAUCUAUAAGUUGUUAGUUUAUGCUUUAUGAAGAGAAUCUCUAUCAGGCCCCGUUGGGGGUGUCUCCGUUAACGAUCAGGGUUUUUAUUCCACCUUUCACAUUUUCUAUUUCUGAAGGUCUGUCUCUGUACAUUUUUUUCUCAUUUUCUUACCACAAGAACUUGACCUGAAACUGCUCGCAUGACAUUGGAUGAUACCACUUUCUUCCUCCUUAGAGGAAAAGGAGAAUGUGUCCCCUUACCUAGUGAAUGGAAAAGCUCUCCGUACUGUCCUUGCUCUCAUCUCCGUAAACUCAGACUCUCUUGUGCACAACCUUCGUUAGCCAUCUGGGUGUGUGAGUGUGUCUUGUUCUGUUCUGGUGUUUUUUUGUUUUUUUGGUUUUUUUUUCCCAUAAAAACUUCAAACCAUGAAUUUAGCCUGUGACCACGAGCCACACCCUGAGCCUUCUGGUAAACCUGAAGAGUGGUCCUUCUCAAUCUGUUUCCCAACGAUGACCUUACACGCUCAUACUGUGAAUUUGGGAGGAGAUAAAAUGGACUUCUCCUUGGGGGCAGUUUUCCCAGUCACCUUGUGAGUAGACACCUGCUAAUAUUGUUUGAAACCCUCCUCCUUUUUUCUCACCUUCUCUGUCUUCUCCCCUCUACUACAGACUUCCCUUCCCGCUGGGUCCAGGCUCAGAACCGAGACCUCUGUCCCUGGUGCUAACCUGGCUAAUGACCGGUGAUUUCAAGUAGUGUAGCCCUUGUGUGAUUCACAACUCCGUGUCCUUCCUAAAGUUUCGGGAAGCAGGGUUGUCUGAUAUGCACAUUUCUAAUUUCGGUCAUGUUUUACUUUAGUGUCACUCACCUUUGACAAAGUGACUUUGUACUCAUUUAGGGCUCUGUCCGAAAUGCUUCCAGUUUGCCUUUUUCUACAGUUAGGCUAAUUUUGAAAUGUAUGAAAUUCUAUGCAACAUUUAUGUUGAGUUACCAAUGGAAGCCAAAAGUCUUCUUCCCAAACUGCCAAGAAUUAUACAGGCCAUAAAUGAGAUGGGAAUAUCUUUUAAUUUAAGUUUGGGGGUGGGGGAGGGGUGGGACAAGGAAUGAGACUUGCCUAGACCUUUGUUGUGUCUUGGGGACAUUUUUUAUUUCACUGUCGAUGCUUCAACUUCGAAAUUCUGUGUACUCAAAUUUGAUCAUGGCGAAUCUACUUCAAAAGGAAAAUAAUCCAACUUUGUGGAUAUUAAAUGGAAGGUUUGCUGUUUUAAUCUAGUUGUUUCCAGUGGAGCAGUUGAUGAAAUAUGUCCUAUAAGAUGUACAUUUUUUCAUUGUAACAUAGAAAUUGUAAAUAAUCGAUUAAAGUGCUGCAUUUUGAUGAAUUUUUUCUAGCCAUUUUUAAAGAGAAAACUAGGAAUUGAGUAUUUUGUGUACGGUAUGUUUCCUUCCUCCUUCCCUCCCGCCCUCCCUAUUUAAUUUUCAUUUGUCAUGAGGUUUUUGGAUUUGCCAAUGAUCUGGAGAUCACACCCCCACGUCAUAGAGAAUAAAGCCGAUGAUUGUACCAGUCUUAAAUUAUUCAUGAUUCAAUAAAAUUGAUGCUUAUUUAUUCAGA